CAAAGGCGGCUGGGCAUAGUGCCGAGAUAACAGAAACAAGUGAACUCUACUUCACUUGCCCCGUAGACCGUAAGAGUCUUGGAAUGGAUGAAGCAUUUUCAUACAUAAACAGUUUAAUUUCUGAAAAUCAGAAUGUCUCUGAUAUAAUAGCAGCAUUGGCGGUUCUGUCUGAAUUGCUAGACUCCAAUAAUGAAGUCAAAUUUAGAGAAAGUUUAAUAAGUUCUGGUCUCUGUGCAAGUCUAAUAAUGCUUUUAAAACAACCUAACCAACUCAAAGGUCAAUCAGCACAGGACCUGAAUCAGACUGACACUGAUAAUGAUGAUGCCAGCAGCCUGGAUAACAAUCAGCCUCUCAUAUGUCGGUUAGCAAUGAAAUGUCUGAAGUCUAUUUAUUCAGUCAACUUAAGCAUGAUAUUUCAAGAUUCCGCUUUAAUGACAACUCUGUUUAGCUAUAUCUCACCAUAUGCAAGGCAACAUUUUUAUCAGUUUAGUACUAAAUAUAACUCCAGGUUUAAAGAGCUCAUCAACAAUUGUGGUGGAAAUGUGGAGGUGAUAAUGCAUUGUAAUGCCAGAAUAGAUGUUCAUACAAAAGAAUUAUUUUUAUAUGAACCUGAUCUGGUAAAGAAUGCUUUAGUAGAUGCUAUUUACCUUUCUUCUGUGAAAGUUCCAUCAGGAGUAGUUGUUUCUGAUAAUCUGUUAGAUCAGGCUCUUGCUUGGAAGAAAAUGCCAAAUUUUAAAAGCUUGCUAAUGCUAGAAGAAAAACAGCCCCAUGAAAUCUGGCAAAAGUCUUUUGUUACCCGUGUACUAAAUGGUAACUUCUUCUGGAUGCUGUACGGAGAAGACAGCAUUAAGACUGCUGAAAAAAUUCAAGAUUUCCUGAAUACUCAAAGCCAUGAAUUAAUGAAAGUGGAACCCAAAGUUUUUGAUAUAGUGGCUGCCAAGAUUGAGAUAGACACAGAGAGCAAACUUUUUAGAGCAUGUAUUAUAUCUGAAGAGAGUGGGUCUUACACUGUGUUUGCUCUUGACUCUGGAAACAUAUACCAAGUAACUGAUGUUUAUUUUCUUCCACCUGAAUGGUCUGAUACCAAUAUUCCAGCUCUUGCAGUUUUGGGUUAUAUAGAAGGUGUCUUGCCCGUUCCCCUGGAUUCAACAACAGUGGAACUUGCAAUUGCAACUCUUUCUUCAAUAAUAAGAUAUGAUUCAUCAAUUAUUGAUCAAGUUUUGAAGGCUGGUAUUCUGGACUUUCUACCAAACUUGAUGGUUUGCUCUGACUUAGAGCUGGUAACUGAAUCAUUUUGCCUUGGUGCCCAUCUUUUAAUCAAAGAAGAUAGUCAGUGCUGUCAGAAGUGGAUACAAAUUAUCAGUAUUGCAUUAGAUACCCUUCAGAAAUGUGUGACCAAUGAAAGUUUAACACAUUACUGCUUACUGCUUCUUGCAAACCGGCUCUUUAUGUGUCCAGUGGCCAAGAAUCACUUUUACGAUGUAAAAGGUCUUGAUAUAGUCAUGCAUACUGGGAUCAUUUUCAGAGAAAAUAGGUUGAUUCAUGAAACUGUAGUCCAAGUUUUAGCCAACUUUGUUCAUAACAAUCGUCAACAUCCUAUAAUUACACAUUCUAUUAGUUUACAGGAAUACAAAGCUAAGCAGUUGCAAACAACAAGAAGACCAAAUGCUGCAGUUAAGGGCUUUGGUUAUGAGGAUUCUAGUGAUGAAUCAUCAUCUGACGAGUCUGAAAAUGAAGAUUUGAAGAAUAGGCCUGAUUUUACUGCACAUGAAGAGAAAACUCACUAUAUUUUAGGUGAAAAGGUAUUAUUAGAUCCUGUAGAAAAUGAUAUUGGCUUAUCCUGCAAUAUGAGUGCUGAAUAUUGUGUGAAGACAUUUUGUGGCAUGUUAAAUACUGGAUUAGGUGGAAAAAUUUAUUUUGGUAUUGGUGAAGAUGGUGUUGUGAAUGGUGAAAAACUUAGCCACAUCCUCAGAGAUGAGCUAAGGCUUGGUAUGGAUGAGUUCAUGACACAGAUCAGUCCAGCUGUCAUGCAUUCACACUAUGAGAUCGAUUUCAUCCCUGUGAUCACAUCAGAUGGGCAAGAUACUGAUCUUUGUGUCAUUGUUAUGAGCUGCAAACCAUUUCCAAAUACUGUUUAUUUAAUCAUUGAUGAUAACAGCUAUUACAGAUCUGAAGCAAACACUCUUGUUUUUUCCCACCAUGACAUCAGAGAGAAAUGUGUUCUUGAGGAAGAAUCAAAGCACUUGGAUGAGAUCAAAGAAUUAAAGAAAGAGUUAGCUCAACUUAAGAAGAGAAAUUCCUUCUUUUAGAUCAGCAUUGUCCACCACUUGUUUGCUUUAUUAACUCCAUCUUUUGAGUUCUUGAUUUUGCAGUCUCUUGCAGCACAUCCAUGUUUAUGCUACUUUUUAGUAAUAUUUCAUAGUUAACUACCAAAAAUUAUAAGAAAAACAUAGUAUUAGUUCUAUAGAAGGUAGCUGUAUUCUACUAUUUAGCUAUUACCAAAUAAUGGUAAUAGUAAUAUGGAUCUGAUCUCUUCUUUUAAUGUUAAUCUUGGUUAGAGUUAUUUUUCAAAUUCAAUUUUUACACUUGUCUUUAUUUUAGCUCAUGUUGCAGGAUUUGUCUAAACUUAUUUUAGAUCAAACUAUAAAAACUAAUAAAUGGAAGAUACAAAAAUAUAUAAAUAUAUAAGAUUUGUUUAUUGGGCAGUGAAUAGAACACACAAUCAUUAAUUUGAAUGUCUCCGGUGUGGUUCACAAUUUGAACAAUAUGGUGUCCUUGAGUCCUUCCAGCUCUCGUGGGUACCUGGCACAAGUUGGGGUAGUAAAUGAAGCUUUGCGGAGUACAAAAUGCACAAUUAUUUUCAUCUGCUUUGUAAAAGUACUUUUUCCCCACUUCUUUAUUAAUUUUAAACAAUUACAAAUUUUUAAAGUUUGUCAUUCUUGUAAAGGUUUUUUGUUUUAUGCACUGUACUUAAACUGGUCAUUCUGGACAAGUUUUCUCAAAUAUCAAUACAAUUUCAUAUUUUAAAUUUUUAAGUUGUUACCAUUUUUUUAAAAAUAACUUUUUACUGAUUUUUCAGUCAUUGCCAUAUGUAAAAUCUAAAUUGAAAUGCAAUAUCAAUUCAAUUUCAUAUUUUUAAUUUCAAAUUUUUAAGUA